GUCAUGUCGAUUGCUUUGACGUGUAUGAAAAGAUUUUUCAAUUUAUUUUCUGAUUCGCAAAUAAUGACAAGGAAAAAGUAAUUGGUUCCUCUAAAGUCCUUUUCUGUAACACAGAUAUUAGUUUGUUAAUGUAAAGUGUAGUAUAAUAAUUAAAAAUGGUUCUUAUGACAAUGAUUGCAAGAGUGGUGGACGGACUCCCUUUAGCCGCAACUAUGCAGGAAGAUGAACAGAGCGGCUGCAAUGUUCUGGAGUACCAGAACCAGGCAAAAAUGCUGUUUAGGAAACUAGGCCCACAGUCACCGCUGCGCUGUUCCAUCGAAACAGGCCCUUAUCUUUUCCAUUAUUUGAUUGAAAAUGAAAUCUGCUAUUUAGUGUUGUGUGAACGCAACUACAGUAAAAGGCUAGCAUUUAGCUACCUAGAAGAAAUUGCACAAGAGUUUUAUCAACAAUACGGAAAAAGGGUGAACACAGUGACUCGACCUUAUACAUUCAUAGAGUUUGAUACGUGGAUGCAGCGAGCACGUAAACAGUAUGGGGAGGGGGGGGCUCGCGCGCGUCGAGCCGGUGCCGCAGCACAACUCGGCGGACAGCUGGGCGACGUGCAGCGCAUCAUGAUGCAGAACAUUGACGACGUACUACAGCGUGGCGCUGUUUUAGCUGAACUGGACACAAAGACGCAGAACCUGUCCAUGAUGUCACAGAAGUACAAGAAAGAUGCCACAUACUUAAAUACUAAAUCUAUGCUUGUGAAGGCGACGGCUGGUGCAGUAAUAUUACUUGUAUUUGUAUUGUACUUCUGGGUUCUUUAGGCUGAAGCUAAAGCCUCCAGAAAAUUCGUGGGGUACACGGAAACUCACUAGUGUUGGUUAGAGCUGUUAUAAUAUUUUAUGCAGAAAUAUUAUCUAAAAUAACCCCUAAAAUCAAUAUGGUACUUGCCUUAUAAGAAUUUUAUUUUAUUACUCCUUGUUUCUCAGACUUGACAAUUCUAUAAGUGCAUUUAUGAGUCUCUAUCUCUAUUUUUAAAAGUAAAACUAGCCAAAAUGUAUAACCAUUUAUAAUUUCAAAUAUUUUGCAGCUGAUUUUAGGAGCAGCACCAAAUGCCUCUUAUUUUCAUAUUACUUCAAUUAAACUUGUACAUAAAUAAAUUUACAUACAUUAAGCUCUUCCCUGUUUAAAUGAAUACAGAAAAUGUGUUUCUCAAGAGUUAUGGAGAUGUUGAAGCAUGAUUUAAUCAAAUAAAUUGUGGGGAUAAGCAUUCCAAUAAACCUAUCAUAUGAGUGUGAAUUAAUUGAAAUACUACAUAAGCCAUCAACAAUAGAUGUUAAAAUUCAUAUUCAUACAACUUUGCAAGCUAAUUUUUCUUUAGAUGUGAUCAUCUGUAGUCUAAAUAAUUUUAAAUGCCAAUAUAAUUUUUAUAAAAAAGUCCACAUCUGUGGUUGGUGAUGGAGUGUUGUAAAUUUUAUCACAUAUUGUUAUUAUUAUACUAUUUAUUUAAGAUUUAAUAAAUAUGCAUUCUUUUC